CCGUGUUUGCCUUGAGAUUCUCCCAUCGGAGCCGGCCAGUUCUACGUCGCUGAACUUGCCAGCCAUGCAAUGGAGGUGGAAGGCUUGGCGGGCCCCUGCCUAUUGGAGUACCAGUUGGUGGAAGGAAAUGGGAAGUGGAUGUCAUGGAAUGCCUCGUGGUUUUUGGCGAUGUUUGAGAGGUUCAUCUAUGGAGAAGGAUGCGGUGGUGACGUCCCAUGUCUGGCAGACUCUCAAGGGGCUCCACUGGAACUGGCCAUCAUGCGUCUGCUGACGGUGAACGUGGUGGGACACCACUUGGUCACGCUGCUCCGUAUAUGUCCUUUGAUUCCCUUUUUCGGGACGAUCUAUGCAGCCUUGUCCUUCAACGAAGCCUACUUGGUUGUGCAGGCAUUGAGCUUGAUCUCCAUGGCUCAACGUGUGGCGGUGUCCAUGGCCAAUGCGCAUCCAAAGCACUGGGGCACCCGCUGGAUGAAGGUGGUGGACAACUACUGGCCCCGCUUGGUGCACGUGGGGCUCGGGGAUAUCAGCAAUUUGCUGGGACAAGUCUUCCGAUCAUCCUGUGACCUUCAGAGAGCUCGGGAAAUCAAGUUCUAUCACAUCUGGACCCAUGCUGAUGCCUUUGACAAGCCGGUGGUCGAUCAAGUUUGUGGCAAUCCGUUGGCUUUGAUGUCCUACCGAAGUACCAACUCUUUCGAGGAGUGGCUGAAGCUCUUCCAGCGACGCGUGGAAAGCCGGCCACGGAUGAUGCUGGUGGACCGGGCGAUCGGUCGACAUCCACUGGAUCAUGAUCUUCCUUCGCGCGUGGCGACCGGGUAUGGUGUGGACUCUGCGUUGUUGGACCUCUUUUGGGCACCUCCAAGCUGUCAAUUCUGGAGCCGGCCCCGAAGUGGCCCCUGCUGUGCAGCGAUGCCUCAUCGAGUUCUCGGGCACUUCCAGGUCUUGGAGGGCUGCGAAGAGUUCUGCUGUCAGCGAAGCUGUUGGGGAUGCAUGCAAAAUGGCACCUGGUGGACUGCUUUGGCCGGUUGCCGUCCCUUGCACUAUCUCAAUUGCACUGUGUCACAAAACCAUGGCUCGAGCCCGUGGGGCCACUGGUUCGAGUUCGGUGUUUACUACGGCGCCACCUUGCAAAGCACUGCUUUGCACCUGCUUCGUGCGACAGCGACCGGCACUUCCGGCACGCCCGGCACGCACCACCCGCGCGUGGUGGGCUUCGACUCCUUCCAAGGCAUUUCAGAAGCAUGGAGGGAGUUCCCAGAGUUCACCUUCAGCACUGAGGGCGAGGUGCCGAUCAACUUGCCGCCCAAUGCAAAAGUUGUGGUCGGUUGGUACAAUGAGACCCUGCCGCGCUUUUUGUCCACCUUCAGUGCCAAGAGAGACUUUAUUGAGUGGGUUCACUUGGACUGCGAUACUUUCCUGGGACUGCUUUGCUCAGCAUUGGCGAAAGGACAUAAGAGGCUGUGGCUCUACACCACCAAGAAGGGAACACUAAUAUGGAGAUGUUUCUGUUCAUUUUCUGGGCCAAUAUGGCGUGUCCGUCCCAUAGUUUGAGCCACGGCCCCUGCCUUUUUUAAUGUUAGUUCUGUGCACGUCUCUUGGGGCUUAGAGCUUUGAUGAGCUUUGUGUCACUCUUCAGUGCUGUUGAAGAAAUUGGCCAUUUAUUUUUUUCAACUGGGUGGAGGCCUCAACAUGCUAAAGUUGGACGGAAAGCAACAGCUUCUAGUUCUGGUACAGAUCACAUCUAAGGACACCAUGAAGUUCUUUCCCGCUUGAAACCUUACCUGGUACCGGGCUCUGUGUUGGUCUUCGAUGAUAUCCUGAAUUAUCCUGGCUAUGAAGAUCACGCCCUGCGUGCCUUCUAUCAGUUCAUCCAGGACACACGCUGGAGCUUCGAAGUCUUGGCAAGUCCUUGGCGGAUCGACUGGGCGAGCGGAUCGAAGCCCAGCAACGGUCGCGCCCAGUCCGCGUGGUGGGUCUCACGGAUGCGGGCCUUAAGUGUUCGGCUCCUCUCCUGUCCGCAGAAGGGUCAUUUGAGGCGAACCCUUCGGGCAGACCCCGUGGAAGUGGG